UAAAACUGGCUUAUCAUCACUUAUCACAUCGUUUUAGACUUUCAUGAUGGUGCGCAUCGAAUCAUAUGUUUUUGUGAGUGAAAUUUGGAAGCAGCUUUUCGAACACUGAGCGUGACAAAACCAGAGCAAGUUGAAUCCCAAGGGAAUGAGUGUCAUCAGUAAGUGGAGGGGCUUACAACGCUUCGUCUAUGGCAGAUCCAGCUAACAGUUUCGCUGCUGCAAGCACUAGCCGCAAGCGUGCGCUGCGAUCGCAGCUGCGAGCCGAGGCCAAGCGCCUUCGGACUGCAUCUCAAGUGGACUUCAGUUCUCAGAGCAGCCAAACUCGUCCAUCAGCUGCCAGCGGCAGCAAAGUAAAGCCUGCCAAAUCUAAGACUUCCGCCAGCGAGAAAACUCACCUGGAUCCCCGGUCGAAAUCCCAAGAAGACCUUGCCGGGCCUACAAACUCCCAUAAAGUCUCUUAUUCCACCAGGUCUGCGCGCUCCGAUUCGGCUGCUGCAGCUUCGCUGCUAGACGUAGGGGACGCGGAACGCUCUACCAGGAAGCGACUCUUAUCUAGGAAUAGCAGUCCAGAGCCUGAUAGUGCGCCUGCUUCGAAAAUUCCGGUCCUUUCCCGAAACGCCAGCACUCACCGCAACAAAACCAAGUCAAAGGCCGAGGAAGAGAAACCGAGCCGCAGCAGGAGUAAAAAGGGCGAGAAAGGCUUGAAGCGCGAGUUAGAGGCGAGCGACGAAAGUGCAAGAGCACACAAGAGCAGGAAGGGAGGAUUUAGUGGUGUCGAAGACGUUGGUGCAAGUACAAGCGCAAACCAUACAUAUCCACAAAUUCGUAAAUAUUCACUGCGCAGCAGCUCACGGCUCUCGUCAAGUGCCAGCUUGUCUUCUUCGGCGCUCGACACUCCAUCAACUAAGCCUCCACCGAACCCAUCCACUCAAGCGCAUCAGCCCUGGAAAAGAAUUGCAUCGGGAAAAGGGCAACAAGCAGCGCUGGGUGCAUCGGCCAGCAGUGCCUCCACUAGCAGAAGCAGCAAGGCGCAUUCGGCCCCAAAUUUGGCGCCUGAUCCUCCAGAACAAUUCCGGCUCACCAGGAGCGGUGCUGUGUUGAGGCGAGUUACCAGAAGCAGCAAAGGGCAAAGCGGCACGUCAACAACAACGGGUUCGUGUGCCAGCUCGAGCAGCGGAGGGGCCGCGACGGCCAGCGGCCGACGCUCGGCGAGCGGGGGCGGCAACUCCAGCAGGAGCCACAAGAGCAGCGGCGCCAACACCGCCCAAGCCCAACCACCGCCCCCUUUGCUACCAGCGCCCGUUUCCGGGGCUCGAACUAUGGCGGCGGAUCAGUCCCAUCCAAAUCUAUCCAGCGCAGGACUACAAUUGAAUUCAGAAGAGCCGCCGUCGGCAGUAGAAGGGGCCCAAUCUAUGGCGUCGUCUGGUCAGGGUCGGCUCCAUGUUCACGAUUCCGGACCCGGAGUCGAUUCUGAGAGCGAUGAUAGUGAAGUGGGUCGGUUGCAAGCUCUGCUUGAAGCUAGAGGACUGCCUCCGCAUCUGUUUGGGGCGCUCGGUCCGCGCAUGCAGCAUCUUUUGCACCGUAGCAUGGGAUCGAACAGUUCUGUGGCCAAAGCCCAGGCUCUUCUUCCGGGGCUGGAAGCCAUAGGAGACGAGGGACAACAACUUCAGGCUGUGAUAGAAAUGUGCCAAGUGCUGGUAAUGGGCAACGAGGAAGUUUUAACGGGAUUUCCAGUCAAGCAGGUCGUUCCCGCUCUAAUCGCACUGCUGCAAAUGGAUCACAAUUUCGACAUUAUGAAUCACGCUUGCCGUGCUCUUACCUACAUGAUGGAGGCUCUACCCAGGUCUUCAUCAGUGGUGGUGGACGCGGUGCCAGUGUUUCUCGAAAAACUACAAGUGAUCCAAUGCAUGGAUGUGGCCGAACAGUCUCUAACCGCUCUCGAUAUGCUGUCCAGAAGACAUUCGAAAUCGAUUUUACAAGCUCGUGGAGUAUCUGCCUGCUUAACUUACCUGGAUUUUUUCCCCAUAAAUGCUCAACGGAACGCGUUUUCCGUAACUGCCAACUGUUGCCUGAACCUCACCUCCGAAGAGUUCCAAUACGUUCAGGAAUCGUUGUCUCUCCUCGCUUCAAGACUGACUCAACAGGAUAAAAAAUGUGUCGAAAGUGUGUGUUUGGCCUUUUCCCGGCUAGUCGACAGUUACCAAUUGGAGCCCGUUAGACUGCAGGAAAUCGCCAGCGCUGAAUUGCUUACCAAUCUGCAGCAGUUGCUUGUUGUAACUCCUCCCUUGAUUAGCACCGGGACUUUUAUAACGGUUUUGAGGAUGCUGUCGGUGAUGUGCGCCAACUGUCCCGAUCUGGCUCUAACCUUGUUGAAGCAAAGCAUAGCCGAGACGCUUCUGUACCUGCUCACCGGCUCUGGCGAAGUGAACCAGGACAAUGUAGAAUUGGUCUCCAGACAGCCACAGGAGCUCUUCGAGAUCACCUGCCUGAUUGGGGAACUGAUGCCGAAAUUGCCCACCGAUGGGAUAUUUACCGUAGACGCACUUCUCGAAAGACCGAUUAGCGUGGCGAAAGAUCAGCCCGUUUGGCAGUGGCGGGGCGACAGAGGAUGGUGGCACCCGUAUGGUCCGGUCGACAGCAGGAUUAUUGAGAGCGCGCAUCAGAACGGAGACGACGAAGUCAGCCUGAACACUCUGGGCAGGAUUUACACGGUCGAUUUCCAUUCGAUGCAGCAAAUCAACGAGGACACUGGCACGUCUAGAGCGGUUCAGCGUCUCUUCACGCCUUCCAGCAACAAGGCAAGCACGUCCGAGCCCGCUCACUCCACUAAUCGGCCCAGUUCGGCCAGCCGCGAUGCUCGUGUCGCUUGCCUGCGGAAGGAACGCGGAUUAGCUGCAGCGUUCAUUAGGUCUUUGUUUUGCGUUUUAUACGAAGUCUACUCAUCAAGUGCAGGGCCGGCAGUUCGCUGUAAGUGCCUGAAAGCUCUUCUGCGAAUGGUGUAUUACGCAACGCCGGAGCUACUGAAAGAUGUGCUGAAGAACCAAGUGGUUAGCAGCCAUAUAGCGGGCAUGAUGGCCUCGACUGACCUCCGAAUCGUGGUGGGUUCGCUGCAAAUGGCCGAGAUCCUGAUGAACAAGCUGCCCGAAGAGUUUGGCACUCAUUUCCGACGGGAGGGAGUUUUGCAUCAGGUGAACAGACUGGCCGAUCCAGAGGUUCCUCUCGGCGCCAGUCCUCCCAAAUCAGCCACGUGCAGUGCAACUUCUUUUGCCAGCAGCAUGGAAUCUCAACCGAGUACUUCGCAGACGUGCACCAGCUUUCAGUUAACUGCUAAUGGUUCCGCUGCAAUGGCGUCGCUUUCAGCGGGUGUUGAUCUUCUGAGUGCCACUCCGAAUAUGCAGCGCGUUCAAGAGGGAGACGGUCGAUCGCCAAGCCCGACAGUGCGCUUGGGGGAUGUUCUGAAACGGAAAAGGACUGGCAAACGGUCGGGUGCAUCGGGCGGCGGCAGCAGAUCGAAGACCAGGCAGGAUGAUUUGCCCAUUUCCCCGUCACUGGUGCAAGAUUUCUUCAGCAAGGCGGCUUCUCUGGCCAAUUCGACCACCUCGUCCACAUUGGCUGCAAGUCAACGUCCCAGAUAUUCCGGUUCGUCGUCGAAGACCAGUUUUCUGCAGAACCUCAACCCGGCAAGGUGGGGCAGGAAUACGAACUCUUCACACGAGAGGAAUUACACCAAGGACUCGCUCAACAAUCUUUCCAAGUCUGCCUCCAAUUCUCACAUUACUGCCGGGAAUCGGGAGAAGACGCGAACAUGGAUUCGCGAACAGGCCAACAAGUUCAUUGACUCUUAUUCUAACCAGGCAGACGAGCAGCAUCCAGCCACCACAGUGCUUACGCGCCUGAAACUCGCCAUCGAUAAGUUGCCAACCGGAAAAUGCGCCGAAGCUCUGCUAGAAUUGAGGGAGAUUCUCAUUGAAUCCGACAUUUCACCGUUCGAGGUCAACUACUCGGGCCUUAUCAAGGCGCUGCUCUCAUACCUAGCCGAUCUGGUCGGCCCUUUCGAUCGGGACCAAAGAAUCAGGAUUAUGCUGAAUGUGUUCGCCGAUAUGCCUUUAGAGUCCAAUGUGCGUGAAAUAGAAAACAUCAAUUCUACAUGGAUGCGGGCUUUGGUAGCCAAAUUAAAUGGUUGUGUGUCCCAACUGGAACAGUUUCCAGUCAAAGUGCACGAUCUGCCAGCCAAUUCGGGCGCCGGCCGAGGCGGCACCAGCGCAUUGAAGUUCUUCAACACGCACCAACUGAAGUGCAAUCUGCAGCGCCAUCCGGACUGCAACAAUUUGAAGCAGUGGAAAGGGGGCACGGUUAAAAUCGACCCUCUAGCGCUCGUUCAAGCCAUUGAACGGUACUUAAUUGUAAGAGGCUAUGGCCGAUUGGGUGAUAAAGAUACGACUGAGAGCGAUGAUGGAGAUUCAGACACGGACAUUGACGAUACUUUGGCCGGUGUGACCAUAUCGCAGACUGGCAAUAAACACAAAUUGCAAUUUGUUAUAGGUAAUACAGUUCUUCCAUACAAUAUGACGGUGUAUCAGGCUGUGAGACAGUUUUCAAAUAACGGCAACGAUCAGAGCGAAACGGACACGGACAACGAGACGCCACUGGGAAAUGCCGGGAUCUGGGUCCAAACCCAUGUAAUAUAUUAUAGGCCAUUAAGGGAGGAAGUGGCUGAUCAGAACCACCGAAGCGGUUCCGGCAGCGGCUUAACUUGGAACCACUCUAGUCGCAAGGGCAAAGGAGUAUCCGGAAAGAGCACAUCAAGGCGAAAAGGUGUUGAUUUGUGGAAUGAAGUUAUUGCAGGUAUAACUCCUCCGGCACAGUCGCCGCUCGCCCCAUACUUGAGCACGCAACUUCCGGAUUCAGUGGCGGUGCAAGACGCUUCUUUAGAGGUGCUUUGCCUGUUGCGAAUACUGCACGCGGUCAAUCUGUACUGGGGCGCACUUUAUCCGCACGUGGAAUACCGGCCAAUAUUGGCUGCGACUGAAUUUAUCAAUCCUAAGAUUGCAGCGAAAGCAAGCCGACAGCUGCAAGAUCCGCUGGUGAUUAUGACGGGAAAUUUGCCCAAUUGGCUGCACCAGAUCGCCACCUCUUGCCCGUUCCUGUUCCAAUUUGAGACGCGCCAGUUAUUGUUCUACGCGACUUCUUUCGAUCGCGAUCGAGCCCUUCAACGCUUGCUGGAUAUGGCGCCUGAGUUAAGCUCCAGCGACUCACAGGAGCGCGUCACUCCGCGUCUGGAUAGACGAAAGCGGACGAUAUCUCGCGAAGACAUUCUGAAGCAAGCGGAACAAAUGCUGCAGGAUCUAGCCGGAUCCAAAGCCCUAUUGGAAGUGCAAUAUGAAAAUGAAGUGGGCACCGGAUUGGGACCCACCUUGGAGUUUUACGCGUUAGUCUCGAAGGAACUGCAAAAGCACAAUUUAGAUCUGUGGUACGCUCCGAAUGCCACGCAAAGCGAAAGCGAGUACGUGCACAACCAGAUGGGGCUGUUUCCAGCGCCGGUGGCGCGCGGCGUCAAGUUGGGACCCAUCACGAAAGUGAAAAGCAAAUUUCGAUUUUUGGGCAAGUUUAUGGCUCGGGCUGUAAUGGAUUCUCGCAUGCUUGAUUUGCCCUUUUCCCUAACGUUCUACCGUUGGCUGUUGGGACACGAACACUGCUUAACAUUGGCCGAUUUGAAGCACGUCAGUCCGGAUAUUUACUCAACCAUCCGAAAAAUGCAGGACGUUGUGAGAGCGCGAGAUGAAAUCUUGCAAAACAGCGCUUUAACCGAAGAGGAGCAGUCCGAACUGGUUGAGAAGCUGGAGUUCGACGGGUGCUUAAUCGACGAUUUAGGCUUGGUUUUCGUUGUGCCCGGGUACAACGUGGAAUUGAUCAAGAAUGGGAAAAACACCCAUCUAACGAUACACAAUCUGCACGUGUAUGUGCAAGUUUUAACGCAUUGGUUGCUGCACGAGGGCGUGGCCCGUCAAAUGGAGGCGCUGAGGGAAGGAUUCAAUUCCGUGUUCCCGUCGCAGAAUUUGUGCAUUUUCCAGCCGGACGAGCUGGAGCAAGUGUUUUGCGGCAGUCCAAAGGAUCACGUGGCCGGUUGGGAUGUGAAGACUCUGAUGGAUUGCUGCCGGCCGGAUCACGGCUAUACGGCCGACUCCAAAGCCAUUCGGUUCUUGUUCGAAGUGCUCAGUUCAUACGAUCGCGAAGAGCAGCGGAUGUUUGUACAGUUUUUAACUGGAAGUCCUCGAUUACCCGUUGGAGGUUUUAAAGCACUGUCCCCACCACUGACAGUGGUGCGCAAAACUCUGGAACCCAACAUGAACCCAGACGACUUCCUGCCUUCUGUGAUGACCUGCGUGAACUACCUCAAGCUCCCGGACUACUCGAGCAUGGAGGUGAUGCGCCUUAAACUCGGAAUCGCCGCAUCGGAAGGCCAGCACUCGUUCUACUUGUCGUAAACAGUGUUUCGUUCUUGUGUCAACAGUACUGUGGUCCAGUCGAUGAUGGACGAUUUUGAAGAGGCGUAGCCUUUAAAUUGUUUUGCCCGGUUAGAGUAACAUAUUUGAAAAAGCGAAGCCUUAAGUUGGAGUUUAAGUAAUGCGGUCGACCGAUGGCAGGCAGCGUUUUACAUAAAGUGAUAUAGUCCCAUUGUAAAUUUGAUAUUAUAAUUAUUUAGUGCGACACCAGAAA